UGCUCGACGCCUUUGUGUCAUGUGACACACCAACAUGGCUGAUAUAAACUCUCCCAAUUCGACUUCGACGGACGUCGUCGUCGUUAAAACUCCCAAGAUGGACAAAUACAAAGUCUACAAGCAGCGAUGGUAUAUUCUGGCCGUUAUCUCUGUUAUUAACUUCUCCAAUUCUGUGAUAUGGAUAACAUUUUCUCCAGUUGCUGAUGUGACAACGAGAUACUUUAACAUCACCAUAACACAAGUCAACUGGUUGUCGUUGGUCUAUCUUAUUGCCACUGUGCCUUUUGGAAUUGCAGCAAUAUGGCUUAUGGACUCGGUCGGUCUCAGAUCUAGUAUUAUUCUUUCAGCAUUGCUGAACUGCCUUGGCUCCAUUCUCCGAGUGGUCAGUUGCUACAUCCCACCAGGGUCCUGUUUCCCAGUGUUAAUAACUGGUCAGACCCUGGCAGCCUGUGCUCAGCCAUUCAUUCUCAUCUCUCCUACAAAGAUGGCAGCACUGUGGUUCAAAGAUAAUCAAAGAGCAACUGCUAACAUGUUGGCUUCAAUGGCAAAUCCACUUGGAAUCCUGGUGGCAAAUUUGGUUUCUCCAGCAAUUGUUACCAACAAAGACCGAAUGCCUUUUUUUCUUAAGCUUGAAAUCUACACAAUCCCUGCUGUAUUGGGAGCAGUAAUGGCAACUUUAGGGGUCUGUCGAUCUGUACCUGCAACACCCCCUACAGCAAGUGCAGAAAAACCAUCGGAGCCCUUUCUAGUUGGUCUGAAACAGUUAAUAAGAAAUAAGUCGUAUGUGACAUUGUGCCUGAACUUUGGAGCAGGAUUAGGUCUUUUCACUGCAUUAUCAACAUUAUUCCAGCAAAUUCUAUGUCCACGAGGUUAUGAUAAUCGUUUCUCUGGCCUUUGUGGUGCUUUGUUCAUUGGAGCUGGUCUUGUUGGUGCUGCCGUCGCUGGUCCCCUGAUAGAUUACACAAAGCGUUUUGAAGACAUUAUCAAGGUUACUUCUUGUAUCACAACUUUGUGUAGUAUAUUGUUUUCAGUGGUUUCAGGUUUUGAAAACAAGGAAAUUUUGAUAGCAACAAGUAUUUCUUUGUUGGGCAUGUUUGGAUUUUCUUUAUAUCCGUCAUGUAUGGAAGCAUCUGUAGAAUGUACUUUUCCUGUUGCCGAAGCAACUAGUUCUGGUCUCUUGGUGAUAGCAGGACAAAUUUUGGGUGUGAUAUUCAUUGUGGUGAUGCAGGUUCUUGCCCGACCGAUGUCUGUCAGUGAAAGAAGUCAAAGCAAGUGCAAAACCAACUUAUCAAGUGAAACAUUAGAUUUUACAAUCUCCAAUUUCUUUGGAAGUGGUGUAUUGGUCCUGCUUUGUGUUUUGUCCCUCGUCUUCCUCUUCCACCCAGAACUGAAACGACUAACUGCUGAGAAGAAAGCUGCUGCCCAGGACAUCAUUUCAGCCAUAAGAAAUGCAGAAAACGACACAUCACAAAUCCUCCAGAAUGAAGUAACGGAAUAAACAAGCAAUAGUACAUUUUGUUUUACCUAUUAAUAUGUGUGUGUGUGUGUGUGUGUUUGUGUAUGUCUAUAUAUAUAUAUAGACACACACACACACACAUAUUAAUGUACCCAUCCAUCCAUCCUUCUAUAUCUCACUUUAUUUAUCUAUCUUACUUCUCUGUCAACUCUAUUGCUAAAUGUUCUGAUAAAUCAGUCAUUCCCUAUAUUUAUAGGAACAUUCAAAAAAUAGGGCAGAGAAGGGGACUUUUAACUGGACCUCGAAAAUGUCUUCUUUACCAUGUUUUUUUAAAUGUUGUUGAUAUGGUUUUUCUUUUUCAUUUUACAUCUUCAGAAAGCAACUUGAUAUUAUUUAAAGAGACAAAAAAAAAAAAGAAAAAAUAUAUAUCAAUAUUCUUAUAUAAAUGAAAAUAUUUUUAUUUUCUAAUUAUUUUUUUAAAAUUUGGAACACCCUUUUCUAUAAAAAGUUCCAAAAUUAUGAAUUUAUAUUGUACCAUGGACAAAUUUUAAAACCAUUUUGCAAAUUUUGUAUCAUGACUGUGGAAUCCUAACUGUUUUUAUUUAUUUUUGUUUUAAAAAUAAACAUUGCAUCAAUUCCAAAGAAUUGUGCAAUACGUUGCCUGAGUAA